UGCAUCAGCCAAGACGAUCCUCACAUGCAGUUCACAUCCACGUUUGUAGUCCUCUCUAUCCACACUUACGAGUUGAUGAGACUCAACUUUGAUUGACAUUAAGAUUCUGAAUUUCAGAAUUUAAGUACCUCGGAGCUUGCCCCUCUCGCUCAGGGCAGUUGCACCCGCUCGCGCAGUACGGCAGUCACAAGUCUGGCGUACGACACACCAUCACCCCUAACAUUCGCGACUUUUGAGAGACUCGAGUCCAAAUCUCACGGUGUGUCAGCAUUCCCACCUUCGAGUCCAACUCUUUGAACUUAGCAUCGAAACUCGACAAAUUGACUCGUGAUGGACACGCACGAGAGCCCCGCAGAGGGAUCCGGCUCCACCACUUUGCUCGACUCGCUCGCCGAAGGUGCGCCAGGAGCAGCAGCUAUUCCAGCCAAGAAGUCUCGCGGACAAGAUGGGACGGGACGCAGUACGAGUUUGACACCGGAGAGUACCGAGGAGGACUUGGCGCAAGACGAAAGAGCUGCUAAUCAGAGUGAUCGUCAGUAUCAGAAUGCCGACGGGUCGAGUCAGCUGGGACUCAUUGAUGUGGACGAGGAAGGGCAUACAGGCGAGAGAGAUCAACUGGACUUCGAAGAGGAUGAGCAUGAGGAUGAGGGUCAUUUCGCCCAGAAUGAAUCUCAUGGAUUGGACAAAUUUGCGAGCAAGAGCAGACAGCAGGAUCUCCGUAAAGGUGGCUUCCAGCAAAAGUAUCUGGAUGAGGAGAUUCGUCAGCGAUACUUGAAAGAGAUCGGAGACGUCUUUGCACCUUCCGCAAGUACCUAGUCUCGAUCGACUGUUAGCUCAGUGUGCCUCCCAAUCUGGAGGGGGGUCCAGCACGGGAUGCCUGAAGCAUCCGUCACAAGCAGAUAUACGUCGUACUCGUAGUGAAUAGCGUAACAGGUUCGCGAAGACCCUGCGACUUUCACUCCGCUUCUGUCGGUCAGAUCCUUUUGUGAACCUCUCUUGAAGCUUUCGCUACAUACAACCACCCUCUGAACAAUCCACCCCUUGACCCUUGUAGACUACAUAGCUCUGAUCCCCAUCUCGCUGAAGCAAGCCGUGCUCACCGCCACUCACACUUUCACGACAUUCACGACUUGUGCGACAAAUUGCCCAGAUCAAAAGCAGCGAAUCAGAAUGAAGGUGGAUG